UGUGUUCACUAGCCGGGGCCACAGCGCGUUGUGUCCACACACAGGGGGCAGCGGUGGCAGCGAUGCGGCCGGGACACCAGCGGCUGGCGGACCCGCUCUGUCAACGCUCCCCGCCGGGCUAUUGCCCGCUCCUCUCCCUCUCCAUCUCCCUCUCCCUCUCCCUCAUCCUCCUCUCCCUCUCCGCUGCUCACCACCCCGAACACCCGCAUCACCCCGACCACCACGACCACCCGCACCGCCGCGACCAGGCUCACAGUCAGGGUCAGGCCACCAGCCAGCUGGAGCAGCAGCUGAGAUCUGCGGCCAGCAUCAUCGAGCUGAUGGACAUCUUCUACCCUGAGUAUCGCCGCAUCCAGGAGUGUCUGCAGAGGAGAUCCACCAUGGCCAAACACGCCCGCAGGGAGGUGGAGGAGGAGCAGGAGGAGGAGGAGGAGGAGGAGUGGACAGAGGCAGCUGCCUUCACCGUCCUGUGGAGAGAGGAGGAUCUAAGAAAUAUUGAACUUGAAUGGGAAAGGACUCAGUGUAAGCCUAGAGAAGUGUGCUUGGAUUUGGGGAGAGAGCUUGGGACUGCAACAAACAACUUCUACAAACCCCCGUGUGUGUCUGUCCACAGAUGUGGAGGCUGCUGCAACAAUGAAGGGUUCCAGUGCAUCAACGUCAGCACAGCCUUCGUGAGUAAAACUCUGAUGGAGAUCACUAUUCCACAGGUUGGCCUGUCCAGGCCGGUGGUCAUUAGCUUCAUCAACCACACAGCAUGCGGCUGCCACCCCAGGCACAUCUUCAGCCACUCGCACUCCAUCAUCAGGAGGUCCUUCCACGUCUCCCCAACCAGUUGCGUUAUGGGGAACGAGACGUGUCCACGCGGGCACCAUUGGGACUCCCAUCACUGCGGAUGUGUCAGCGUGCAUGAGGUCUCUGCUCCCCCCGCCAGCACGGCAGAACCAGAUGUGACUGAGGGUGAGUUUGAUGACUUCUGUGGCCCGUACAUGGUGUUUGAUGAAGACUCCUGCAGCUGCGUCUGCACCAACCGGCCGUCCAGCUGUCACCCCAGCAAGGAAUUUGAUGAGAACACGUGUAGAUGUGUCUGCUUCAACAAGCAACAUCGCGGCUUGUGUCGGGAGGAGGAGCAGGAGGAGUGGGACGAUGAUGCGUGUCAGUGUGUGUGCAGGAAGAGCUGCCCCAGGCACCUGCCUCUCAACACCAACACCUGUAGCUGUGAAUGCUCAGAGUCACCAGCGUCGUGCUUCCGCAGAGGCAAGAAGUUUGACCCAUACACCUGCAGGUGCUACAGGUUACCUUGUCGCAGCCAGGUGAGGCAGUGCCAGCCAGGUCUUUACUUCAGCCACUUUGUCUGCAGCUGCCUGCCCCUGUACAUGAAGGAAUACCAGACUGAAGACUGACACACACACACUCUGCUUUCUGCCUUGCUUUGUCCGUGAAGGCAUUCACCUUCUCCAGCCUGCAGCACUUACAAAGUACUUUUCAUUUUGGAUUCUACACAAUCUAGUGGGUAUGUGGAGCACGGAGGCGUGCCAAUGAGACUGCGUGAUGAGAUGGGCUCCGGUCCUCAUUGUCUGAACAGGUUUGGCUCAUUCAUGGAACGUACAGAAUGAGUGGGUGUGAUUAACAGCGUCAUAAUCACGGCAAGAUACAUAUUAUAGUUUGUACUAAAUCAUUAACUCUUCACAGCACAAUCAGAAUGAAUCACGGAUGUCUGGUGAUGCCGGGUCUUGGCAGGAACUGCAUUACUUUGUCCAAAGCAAUGCUUUUAUUGACACCAGGAGAUACUGCUGGAAAUUAAUCCAGAUGUUUCAGAAUAGAUCAUUGUUUGUACAUCUUAAACUGAUUUUAUGCCACUAUGGAUGAGCAAAAUAGCUUAAGCAAUAUGACUUUGUCAGUUGAAAACCAAAAGAAAAA